CUGCUCCCUCCUUCCAUCUCCUGCCCCGACGAUCAGAAGCAAGCCCUUCUCCAGUUCCAAUCUCUUGCAGCUGGAAACACCACCUCUAAAUUCCUCCCCUGGAUCUCCUCCACCGAUUGCUGCGAAUGGCAAGGGGUAGAAUGCGCAGCGGACGCACUCUCCGGCUGUGGAUGGCAAGGAGGAGCGGAAUGCCAGACAUUGCCACGUAGUCCGACGCAGCCACGAGUAGUGACUGCGCUCAACCUCUUCAGUUUCAUCCCUCUCCUGCAAUCAUCCGGGCAAGUUACAUUAGUGUCGGCCAACGUCCUGACUCCGCUGUUCGGUAUCACAACGGUAAAGAAACUCGACCUCUCACUCAACCUCAUCCACGGCGAAAUCCCUGGUCGAGGAAUCGCCAAUUUGACCCAAUUGGUGACCCUGGACCUCUCCAACAAUUACUUCACAGGUUCAAUUCCUGCUCAGCUUUUCUCUCUCACCCAGCUGGAGUCCCUCAGGAUUAACAUAGUUGACGACGUUCAGAGAACUGUGAACAACAAUGGCGGCCCUUUUGAGGGGAGGAAAGGGUACACACUAGAAGGCGAGAUUCCAGUUGAGAUCGGGAAGCUUACGAAUUUGAAGGAACUUCUGUUGGAUGGCAAUCGGCUUUCUGGUUCGAUUCCAUCGACUGUUUCUCAGUUGAAGAGCCUUGAGGAGUUUGAUUUACACGGCAACUUUCUCUCCGGGGAGAUACCAACUGGUAUUGGGAAUUGCUCAAAUUUGACAACUUUUGCAGUAUGGGACAACAGCUUGGCUGGUGAUAUCCCAAUGUCAGUUCUAAACCUGACCAAAAUCAGGACAUUCAGGCUCAACGGCAAUCUUCUCACCGGCGAAGUUCCGGCCGGGUUGUUCGAUUUGCCUGAACUCUCCUACUUGUAUCUUGGCGAUAAUAGGUUGACCCUCAGGGGAUUAAGCAGUCUAAUUCCGAGAAGCAGAUUUAUCUCGUUGUCUCUACCGUCCUGCAACAUCUCUGAUUCAAUUCCCAGAUGGGUAGCUAACCAAACGACACUUUACUCCCUCGAUUUGAGCCAAAACCGGAUUCAUGGAGCUUUUCCUCAAUGGCUGGUUGAUACACAGCUUCAAAGUUUGGAUCUUUCGGAUAACGAUCUUGAAGGUUCUCUGCCUGCCGAUUUCUUCCAACCUAAAGGAGGAGGGCAGAGUAUUAUCAACCUAUCGAGGAACAAUCUGCGAGGGAGAUUGCCGGAGACUGCAAUCUGUGAAAAUGCUUUCAACGCAAUUGUGCUCUCCGGCAACCAAUUCUCAGGGCCGCUUCCGAAAUGCAUGUCGAACUUGACUUCGCUUUCGGUUCUCGACCUUUCAGGAAAUGCAUUCGCCGGAGAAGUUUUGCCCCUUCUUUUCCAGGAGGGCGGUUUCUGCCCUACCUAUGUCGAUCUCUCUUCCAACAGAUUCCACGGCAGAGUUUCAGUAAACUGCUCUCAGAAUCUCCAAUUCCUGGUGCUCGGCCGCAACAAUUUCUCCGGGCAUCUACCCCAGAGUCUAGGGGAAGUGACGGGUCUGAAGUUUCUCGAUCUCCAUGAGAACAACAUCACCGGCGAGAUCCCCAGCUCUAUUUCCCGAUUGUCGAACCUCCAAGUUUUGGGUCUUCGCGGGAACUCUCUGGAGGGCCAAAUUCCACGUUCUCUGUCGAACCUCACGAGUAUUCAGAUCUUAGAUCUCUCCGGCAACCAAUUGAGCGGGAGUUUGCCGGAGGGGAUUGGAAAUCUCACCGCAAUGUCGGAAACCCCACGGGACUCGUCGAUUCAAGUGAUGGCAUCGGGAACGGAGAACUACUUCUUCGUAUUUGGCGUCUUACUCGAUUCCCCGCCGCUGCUUCAGGUCUUCUGGAAAACGCUCCACCGGGGACUUCCAAACCAGCACCUAGGGUUGUACACUUUCCUCGAUCUAUCAAACAAUCGAUUCUCCGGCGAGAUCCCCAGCGAAUUGGGGAAUUUGACGAGUCUGAAAGCGUUGAAUCUCUCGCAUAACCAGCUAUCGGGGUGGAUUCCGGCGAGUUUGGGGGAGAUGCGGAGCUUGGAGAGUCUCGAUCUCUCGCACAACGGUCUCUCCGGCGAAAUACCGCAAUCGUUCGAGAAGUUUCAGCAGUUGAACAAUUUGGAUGUGAGCAACAACGACCUCACGGGUCGGAUCCCGACGGGUCCACAAAUGGAUCGGAUGAACGACCCGGGUUCUUACGCGAAUAAUAGUGCUGGAUUGUGUGGGGCGCAGAUUCGGGUCCCGUGCGACGGGGGAGGGUUGAAUGGGUCGCCGCCGGCGACUGAGGAAGAAGAAGGGAGCGAGAGGGAGACGGAGUGGUUUUCGUGGAUGACGGCGGGGAUUGGAUUCCCGGCGGGCUUUGUGACGACGGUUGUGGGGAUGUAUGGGCUGGGUUACUUCCACGCUGGGUUGCUGUGGGCCCGGUGGCGAAGGAGGUGGCCUCGUGGUAUUAGAUUUUAA